AUGCCCCAAACACUGAGUGCUACCACUAUGUUUACCCCAUGUGGCUUCAGCCCCCAUCUACAUACUUCAAAAGAAGAUGAACAAGGAGGACUGAUCUUCCAGGAUGGAAAUCUUACCUCAGCAUCUCUGGAUGCUCUAAUCCAGCAUCUGAUACCUACCACUGAUUACUACCCUGAAAAGGCCUACAUCUUCACAUUCCUGCUGAGUUCCAGACUCUUCAUUGAACCCCAUGAGCUUUUGUCCCGAGUUUGUCACAAGUGCAUCGAGCAGCAGCGGCUGGAUGACCCUGUGCUGGACAAGGCUCGGAUCAGGAAAUUUGGACCCAAAAUCUUGCAGUUGCUGACGGAGUGGACAGAGACAUUCCCGUAUGACUUCCAGGAGGAGCGGAUGAUUGGCCACCUGAAAGACAUGAUUCACCGGAUAGCCCCGUGUGAUGAGGCCUACUGGAAAAAGAUGAAUCAGCUUUUGCAAACCCUGAAUCAGAAGCUUGCAACUCUCAGCCAUGGGCAAGAAGGGAUUGUCAAGAUCAGUGCUGCUGUCUCUGAUAAGCUAGUUGCCUUUAAAAGCAAACCUCCCUCAAUUCAGAGAGAAAUCCUGAGCGUCUGCAGUGACCCUUACACCCUGGCUCAGCAGCUGACACAUGUGGAGCUGGAAAGGCUAAGUCACAUUGGACCUGAGGAGUUUGUGCAGGCUUUUGUACACAAAGACCCUCUGGAUGGCACCAAGACUUGUUUCAGUGAGCAGAAGAAGACCAGUAACCUUGAGGCCUAUGUGAAAUGGUUCAACAGACUCUGCUACCUGGUAGCAACGGAAAUUUGCAUGCCUGCAAAAAAGAAGCAACGAGCACAAGUGAUUGAAUUCUUCAUUGAUGUUGCCCGAGAGUGCUUUAACAUAGGGAAUUUCAAUUCACUGAUGGCAAUCAUCUCUGGAAUGAACAUGAGUCCAGUUUCCAGGCUAAAGAAGACUUGGUCAAAAGUGAAAACAGCCAAAUUUUUCAUUCUUGAGCACCAGAUGGACCCCACUGGUAAUUUCUAUAACUACAGAACAGCCUUGCGGGGGGCUGCGCACAGGUCCCUCACCGCACACAGCAACAGGGAGAAGAUUGUGAUCCCCUUCUUCAGCCUAUUGAUCAAGGACAUUUAUUUUUUGAAUGAAGGGUGUGCUAAUCGCCUUCCAAAUGGACAUGUCAACUUUGAGAAAUUUCUGGAACUGGCUAAGCAAGUAGGAGAGUUUAUAACAUGGAAGCAGGUGGAAUGUCCCUUUGAGCAAGACCCUAACAUCAUCCACUACUUGCACACUGCUCCCAUUUUCACUGAAGAUGGUUUGUAUCUGGCUUCCUAUGAAAGUGAAAGUCCGGAAAACCAGACAGAAAAAGACAGGUGGAAAUCCUUAAGAUCCACUAUUUUAGGAAAGACUUGA